CCCCGCGGCUACGGAAGUCGCUUGGCCUGCUUAGUGGUCGGAGCCGAGGCCGCGUUCGAGGCCUGCCCUUUCCUGCUCGGGCCGGUGCUGUGACGGGCGACGAUGCCGACCGGGGACUACGACUCCAAGCCCAGCUGGGCGGACCAAGUGGAAGAAGAAGGAGAUGAUGACAAGUGCAUCACCAGUGAACUGCUGAAGGACAUUCCCCUGAGUGGGGUGCUUAGCGGAGGGGCGCCUAGCGGAGGGGCGCCUAGCGGAGGGGCGCCUAGUGGAGGGGCGCCUAGCGGAGGGGUGGUUAGCGGAGGCCGGACCGCUGACCCAGACCUGGUGAAAGGAGAGCCCCUCCCGUCCCCCAAGGAGCUUGUUAACGGCAAUAUCAAAACGGUGACUGAAUACAGGGAAGAGGAGGACGGUAACAAGGUGAAGAUCAUUCGCACGUUUCGGAUUGAGACCCGGAAGGCGUCCAAGGCCGUGGCAAGGCGAAAGAACUGGAAGAAGUUUGGCAAAUCAGAAUUCGAUGCUCCGGGCCCUAACGUGGCCACGACCACCGUGAGCGACGACGUCUUCAUGACUUUCAUUACCAGCAAGGAGGGAUUCCGGAUGCUGAGGGGCGGGGGAGGAGCCGGAGCUCGGGCCCCGCCCCUCGCUAGAGCAGCACCUCUUGUUCCCGCAGAGCCAGAGCCGGUGCAAGCCCAGCAGAGCAAGACGGGGAAAUACGUGCCCCCCAGCCUGAGAGACGGAGCCAGCCGCAGAGGGGAAUCCAUGCAGCCCAACCGGAGAGCCAUCUCCCGCAUCUACUUGGCCAAGGACAAAACCACCGGCCAGUCCAAGGGCUUUGCCUUCAUCAGCUUCCACCGCCGCGAGGAUGCUGCCAGGGCUAUUGCUGGAGUGUCUGGUUUUGGCUACGAUCACCUGAUCCUAAAUGUGGAAUGGGCCAAGCCUUCCACCAACUGAGACCUGCCGCCUUGCAGCGUUUCUCGGCCACGGCCUCCUUCCCCUCUGACGGGAGGCGUCGGUCGGUAAUAAAGGUUCAGUUC